AUCUUUAGUGCCUUCGUCGGCGUCCUUGUCGCACGAUGCUCGCACCUUUCGCGCCGACUGACGAACCAGCGGCCCGUGGACCCCGGCGAUCGUUGGAUCGCUCGUAAUCCUCCGUGAGAUCGUGAUUCUUUAAUUUCCUAUUCGUUCGUGUUCGUGAGUGGCGUGGGUGGCCUCCUCUCUGCGAAAAAGAGUCAGAAUCCGUCUUCGACUCUUCGAAGGUCGAAGGUGGUUCUCGAGUGUGCGAAUUUCGAAUCGUGGCUGAGACGCGUCGAGAGGGCACGCCGAGCAAGGUCUGUCGGAACGACCUUGACUGUUCUGACCACGGUUCGAGAUUCGAGGAAAACGCGUGCGUGUCGGAUCACGCGAAAACAAACGGGACUGCGAGAGGAAUCGGGCGAAAUACAGGAGUUCGUGAUCCAAUCGGGAGGGGAGGAGAAUUAUUGGCGACGUUAAAUCGUGGCUCUCCGCCUGAUUUCACUUGAAAUCGACACAUUCGAGGCAUCGUGCGAUCAACUUGGACAACUGGAAGGAUUCAAAGCGACGAGUUCUCUACUGGAUCUCUGAUGGGAAAUCGACGAUUUGGAUACUUCGAGCAACUGUUAGAUCAUCUCGCGAAGAUUUUCUAGUUGAUUUUCGAGGAUAAACGAACGAAGAGUUACCUACUCUACCUGCAACUAUCGACAGCAUCGAAAUUUCGAAAGUAUUAUAAUCAGAGUGAAUGAGGCAUUAUCCAAUCAAACGAGAUCAUUAGUCGAGCGAUCAGAUGAUCGACGAAGAUCCACUUGAUCUUCAUUUUGAGAGGAAUCGGACGAACGAUCGCGAGCAAAGAAUUUCUGCUUAAUUUUAAUAGAGAAGAAGAAAUCAUCCAGCCUGAUCAAGCAGCAGUCGGACGAUCGACAAAGAUUCAGGAUGAAAGUUCAAGUAUUGAGAGAAUUGACUAAUCAAUCACAGAUCGUCGAGUGAAAGUAUCUCGGAUAAAAUUUUCGAGGAUCGGCCAAGGUUAGAGAGGCGGUGUGGUCGAAACUACGUCCCGAUGUUCAUCUUCGCGCCGCGCGACAACAUGUCGACGUCUCGUCAAGAUUCGACGGGGCGGCGGAGUCGUUACGCGCGUUCGUCGACGACCACGAGCGUCACCCAGCUGCUCAGCGACUCGUGUUCCAAUCUCCUGCAACGAUUGACCACCAGGGUGCGAGGAAUGUCGACGGUGAACGACAACGUGAGUAACAACAAACCGGUCGCGAGACGUUCGCCGAUCGUCACCCAGCUGAACAGCGCGAGAGCGCGGAUAGAGGACAAGUACUCGGCCAUCCUGGACAAAUAUUCGCGAAAGAAGCACCAGGACCGGGCGGAUCGACCCUCCGUCGACUACAGACGAACUCGCGAGCGCGAUCGAGAUCACGCGUACUUCCGUCGCGAGGACAGCCCGUUCGUUCGCGACGAGAAAACUCUGGAGCCGUCGAUGUCGCGGACGGUGAUCAAAAGCCCAACGAGCGUGAUACUCUCGGAGAAGGCCUAUCCGUACGUCAAGUCCUCCACCACCGUGAAGGAGUUCAAACGCGAGAAAACGCCUGGCUAUCACCGCGCGGACAAACAACACUCUCUGCUGAACUCGGACACGUGCCGCCGAUACGGUAGGCACAAGUCCGGCCACGCGGAGACUCGCACGAGAAAGGUGAGACCUUAUAGAAAUGGGAAGAGCGAGCAGCUGGAGUCAUCGUCGUCGUCUGCCGCUCUUCGGCUCGCUCGGCCGAUGAAAGUGGAACCGUUGGCGUCCAAGGCGAGGAACGACGACGACGACGAGGAUCCUGAUAAAACGCCGACGAGCAGCGUUCACGGCGAUAACGCGAACGAUAACGGCGUUGUUCUUGCGACUAUCGACACGACCGAGGAGGAGACUGACCCGGCGAUCUCCGAGAGGGCGGCAAAGAGGAAGGAGAUCGAGAGCCUGAUCUUGAAGUACGCAGCGAUGGAGGAGACGUACGCUCAAUUGGCCGGCGGUGGAGGACAAGCGAAGAUGAGGCCCAGCACCACGGACAUUAUCGCCAGCAAGUAUAGGAAGAGCGCGCGCCAGAGCGAGCGAAAAGACGCGUUGAAGAGCGCGAUGGCCGCGAGUGUCGUUAACAACCACGCGGACACGGCCCAGAACGCGAUUGUAAGUUGUCGAACUGCCGGUUUCUGAAUUGGGUUUCCGAAUUCCUCGCCGGGCAUUGUGUGUUGUGUGUCGAUCUGUGGAUAAGCAACACCACCGUCGCUCUCCCACCCUUUUGCUGCUGUUGUGUUGUUGCGUGCCACCUCCUGCUGCUGCUGCCACCACCAAAUCCUCCUCUCUCGCCACCGGCUGUUUGUACGUUCGCUCGCGUUUAACCAAGUCUCCAACCAAGUGUUGUCUCCCCUUUUUUUAGCUGGCGAGUCCAGAAAACCGCCCGCGGUGAUCUACUAAUCGAUACCUGUGUUUGUACAAUAUUCCGUCCGAGACGUAGCCAGCUGUUGGGUCGUUUCGUAAGUUCGGUUGAUUUUCAGGUUGCAAGCAUAUCUGAGGUUUUAUAUCUGGGUGGGUUUACUUUUUUAAUGGGUGUAUAUCUUGAGGAGAUUUCAAGUCAAUUGAUACUUGAUAGUUCGAUAGUUAAUCUCUCUUUCGUCCUGGGAGUCUUUUUUUUUAUGUUA